AUGUAUGAUGUCUUCAAUAACUCAGAUGAAGCAAAUUCUUUAUACCUGGGUGAGGACGAUGAUGCUAUUGGAGGAAAUAUGAUACUACAAGGUAUGGUUAAAAUGCCCAUACCAAUAACUUCCACUGUAGCACCGACGGGAAAACCGGAAGUUAUAUUAGCAUUAACUAUUGUUUUGGUUGUUCUCGUCAUCUUUCUUAUUAUUUCUAUAUUUCUUCUAUUGUAUUGUGUACUCAAACGACAAGGAGGGAAAAUAGAACGAAAACAGGUUGAACAAGAAAAGAGACGGCACAAAAUGCAAUCGAAGAUGAUUGCGACAGAUUCAGCAAGAAAGGCGAAGGUAUCUCAAAUUGCAGCUAGUAUCGAAGCGGCUGUAAGAUCAGCUGAAAGUACUUUGAAAUCCCCUAAGCAAUCCACGCAAGUACCAUCACCUACACCAUUCCCGAUUGUAUUACCUAGGGCAAAAUCGAUAUCAAAGAAGUUAGCAGCACCACUUACGCAAUCCGAAACUGCGGUAGAAGCACCACCAUUAUUUAUCAACCAAAUUCUUGUAAGCCGUUGGCCUGAUCCAUGGCAACAGGUAAAUCAUGAACCAUCCGAUUUUUCAUUCGAACUGGAAUCGGAUAGUGUCAAUGAUAUUUGUUUGCAGCCAUUAUGA